AUGUCUGCAUCCGUACAAACUCCUGCCUGCACUUUUCAGAGCUACUCCCCCUCCUGAAGCAGCAGAACACCACAGGCGUCCGCACACACUGGGAACACACAGGGCUAAAACACAGCGGGAAGCGGGUCGCAAAAUAAAGUCCUGACCGCAAUGGGUACGAGGUGAACGGCACAGAGGACGGGGAGGGACCGGUCGCUUCGUUUGCGUCUUGUGAGCGAUAUGCGGGACAAAUAGACGACAGCGUAGAGCCUCACAGCGCCUCGAUUUCACAUCAAAAACCUUCCGACCAACGGUCCGAAUACCUGAAUACCUGCAGUGUUCCGCACUAACAUUAGCACGGCACGGCUCGGCUCCGGCGGCACUGACAUUGACGAAAGGGGAAACUCAGACACGGGGGGGGGUAGACGGACUGCAAGACGGGACAAGAGAAAGUUUCUGGAGCUUGGCGCAGACACAGCGGUUAAACAAUGCGGCUGACCCCGACAAAGUCCUUUUCAUCGGCAGCCUUGCUAAUCCUGCUGGUUGUCCGCUGGUCCGACUGCAUUUCAUUGUCUCCCCAAGAGGCAAACCAGUUUUUAAGCAGACACAGAAGAGCAAAUCAAGUUUUCGAGGAGACGAAGCAAGGACACUUGGAGAGGGAGUGUGUAGAAGAAAGGUGUUCCAAGGAGGAGGCCAGAGAAGUGUUUGAGAAUGACCCAGAAACGGACUACUUCUAUCCAAAGUAUUUAGCCUGCAUGGACAAGUUUGGGGAUUCUGAGAAAAAGAAACAAGAUCUGGUCACAUGUGUUCACAAUAUUCCUGACCAGUGCUCCCCAUCUCCCUGUAAUGCCAGAGGUACAGUGCGCUGCGAGGACAAAAAGGGCGACUUCCUUUGUCAUUGUUUUACAGGCUGGACAGGAGCCAGAUGUGAGAAAGAUGUCGACGAGUGCAGCAAGAGGAAUGGAGGGUGUGACCAUGAGUGCAACAACACUAUGGGCAGUUACCGUUGUUCCUGUCACCAAGGCUACAUGUUGGUAGGACGCCACUUAUGUGAUGAUGUGGAUGAGUGUGAAGAUCCAAAUGUGUGUGGAACAGCACAGUGUGUCAAUAAUGAAGGCAGCUACGAUUGUCUGUGUGAAGUUGGCUACGUCUACGACAAUGUCACCAAGAGCUGUGUUGAUGUUGAUGAGUGUGAGGCAGGGGUUUGUGCAGAGGAGUGUUUGAACACUCCAGGGAGUUUCCGUUGCUUCUGUGAUGGACGUCAAGGCAUGAAGCUAAGCCAGGACCUCAGGAGCUGUAAGCCUAUUACUCCCUGUAUGUCACCGUCACUGAAGAGGAAUUCUCGUUCUUUGUACCUCGGCCGCAUGUUCAGCGGUGUACCAGUGGUGAGGCUUCGAUUCCGCAGGAAAAUUCAUACUGGUUUUUCGGCAGAGUUUGACUUCCGUACUUAUGACCCUGAGGGAGUGAUCUUCUUCGCCGGAGGUCACUUAAACAGCUCCUGGAUUGUGCUUGCAAUGCAUCAUGGGAAGCUGGAGUUGCAGCUUAAGUACGGCACAGUCAGCAGGGUCACAAGCAGUGGACCCAUUGUCAAUGACGGGCAGUGGAGAAAGAUCUCAGUUGAAGAACAGGGACGGAGCUUAGUGAUUAAGAUCGACCGAGAAGCUGUGAUGAAGAUUGCAGUAAAUGGUGAUCUGUUCACAUUAAAGAAGGGCAUGCAUGAACUCAACCUGACUGUGGGAGGGGUGCCUUUUAAAGAGGAUGGUCUAGUCAAUCAGGUGAACCCUCGUUUGGAUGGCUGUAUGAGGGAUUGGCGCUGGUUGACAGGUGAAGAUACGUCAAUACAAGAAACCAUUCGGUCCAACGAGAACAUGCAGUGUUUCAGCACUGAAGAUCCUGGAGCAUAUUACCCCGGGACAGGAUUUGCCCUCUUCAACAUCAGCUAUGACUCACAGAACCUGAGUGUCCAGUUGACAUUACGUCCGACGUCAGGUAUUGGAGUAAUGUUUGCACUAGUUUACCAGGACAGGGUCCCUCUGUCUAUCUCUUUAGCCGACUAUCAUCCUGGCACUGACGAGUGGCGAGAUUUUGUCCUGGUAUCAUCAGGUGAGGCCAUCCUUGCCAGCGCUCCCAGCCCCUUGUGUGACGGUGACAGUCAUGUGGUCCAGGUGACCAUCUCAGCCAAUCAGACGGUGUUGCUGAUCGACGGCCAGCCAGGACGCAGUGAAGAUGCUGAAGUUCCUACUGACCUUCUGUCUCAGUCCAGUACCUUCAUAGGAGGACUUCCAGAUGUCCCUCUGGUGUCCACACUGGUGUCAGCGCCCUACAGUGGCUGCAUGGAGGUCACCGUUAACGGACGCUCCCUGGACUUGGACCAGGCCACCCACAAACACAAUGACAUCCGCUCACACUCCUGCCCCCUACUGGACUCUCACCAAUGAUCAGAGCAUCCGUCUGCCAAAACUGAUCCAUAAGCAGUUUGUUGAGGCAAUGUGGAUGUUCUCCAACAUAUUUAUUCAAACAAGACUUGUCCAAUGAGGAAAUGUAUUAGACUGAAAUUGAAAAACAACUAAACCAGGUUUUGUGGUCCAGCUGGUGUUUUAGCUACCGAUCACUCUGUCCUUUCGCCUGUGACACUGCUGCUUAGAAGCAUCAGCAGGGAUUUUCACAGUGUUUUCAUUACUGAGACUGUGUUAGUGGCUUUUUUUGCUGAGAAACAUCCCCUGCACUAGGCAGAAGACAUAGGAAUAAAUGCUGGAAAACAUUGCCUCAAAACUGCCCAUGUAUCACACGCCUUGUAAGCCCACAAGAACACGCAGGGCCUUAUGUCAAAUGCUUGGUCUGGGGUCAGUCCACUACACCUGGCAUCCUGUGAUUAAACACAGAUCUGACUGGAUCAACGUAGGCCAUGUCAACAGACGGAGCUGUGGUCAUGCAGCUUACAUCCAGUUCGCCCACAAUCACAAAGCUUGUAAUAGUCAAGUGCUAAUAAUGUACAGAACAACUCAUCAAAAACAAGAAAGGGGACCAGAUCGUACAUCGAAUACCCCACCCAGGCCAAACGUGUGAAAACAGGUGCUCGGAUCUUUUCCACUUAUUUAAGGAUUGAUUGGGGACUAAAUGCUCCCUAACAAGCUGAUCCCUCGCCUUCAUUAAAGCGUCGAGGCGCGGUACCAACAGCGCGUUUUUAGCAUUAGGCACAGGGCUGCAUUCUGUAGGAAACCUUGCACAUUGUUGCAGGUCGAAAUGGACUGCCAUCUGAAGCCAUUUUCUCGUCGUCCUCUUCUAAAGAUGCACUCCAUGUCUGCCUGCAACCUUAAAAUCAACCAUGUGCCUAAAAAAAAAACAAAAAAAAACAACCCAAACUUGUUGACAGCUUCUAUCCACCCAGGUGAACCAUCUCACAAAGGUGCAGUACUGUAACACACACACACAAACGGAGCCGCACUACUAAUGAAAUGUACUCGAUGUAGACAAUACACUCUGCAUUUCCACAUGUGCAUUACAGUCCGUUCAAGAAGCAUCGCGUUUAUUAACUCGACCAAUUUCCAGAUAAUCUUCACUGACUCCUGUCACUAAUGGCCCCUUCUUUUCCUCACUGUUCACUCACAGUUUAAACCUGCCGUAUACAAAUCUGAAGUCAAUAGAUUAGUCUCAGAAGCACAGGAAGACUGGAAGGGGCCCUCUCCACAGACAAGAGAGAGAGAGAGCACUGCAUCGACCGCACCAUACGAGCUACUGAGAGUUAAAAGAGUGCGCUGUAAUAUACUGAAUAUGUAAAUAAUGUGACUGUAUAAUGCUUUGUAGAAGACAUAAAACAAACACUACCUUCUGCUCACCGAGGUUAUCUGCACAUUUAAGUUGAUCCAAAGUCUUUUGUUUCCCAAACCGUCCACAGUUUUCUGAAUCUCUGACGUUCAGCUGUUCCGAGGGGUAACGUCGCGGUCACGAGAGGGGGAUUCGGGGAUUUCAGGGAUCAGGCAAAACCUUUUAGAGACACACUUUCUAAUUGAUUUCAUAGGUGCUGAGAAAAUCAAAUCAUGCUAAAAAACAAUGUCGUCGGAGCAUUGUGAUUGAAAAUGCCAAAAAGGGCUCCUGUGUUAUUUUACUUCCCUCUUUUAAUGUAUAAUUUUGUAGUUUUCUGAAGAAUGAAUGCCAAAAUAUAGAGCAAUGUGUUCUUGUUGUGUUUUUUUGUUGUUUUUUUUUUUUUUUUUUAAUCAUAUGUGUUGUACGUUGAACUUCUUUUUAGUUUUUAUUUUUCACUUUAACUGCCAGUAUGUGUACUAUGCUGAGAGAAGUCUGCCUUUCAGUUUUAACUUCCCUCAACAGUGAAAAAUCCUAUUUAAAAACAAUAAAAGCAGUUGUAUGAA